CCCGGACCUGCUGGCCGGCCAAAGUGCGGAGGAGGAGACAGAAGACAGCAUCUUGUCCCCCAUCCCUAUGGGGUCACCGUCCCCCUUCCCCACCAGUGAGGACUUCACUCCCAAGGAGGGCUCGCCCUAUGAGGCUCCGGUCUACAUUCCCGAAGAUAUUCCCAUCCCACCAGACUUUGAGCUGCGAGAGUCUUCCAUCCCAGGGGCAGGCCUGGGGAUCUGGGCCAAGAGGAAGAUGGAAGUCGGGGAGAGGUUUGGCCCCUGCAUGGUGGCGCCGCGGGCCGCGCUCAAGGAAGCUGACUUUGCAUGGGAGAUCUCUGAAGACCUGGGCAGUGAGAAGUUCUGUGUGGAGACUCAUCAGACGGGGGCCGGCAGCUGGCUCAAGUACAUCCGUGUGGCGUGCUCCUGCGAUGACCAAAACCUCACCAUGUGUCAGAUCAACGAGCAGGUUUAUUAUAAAGUCAUUAAGGACAUCGAGCCGGGUGAGGAGCUGUUGGUGCACGUGAAGGAGGGUGCCUACUCCCUGGGUGCAGUGCCACCCAGCCUGGAUGAGGAACCCACGUUCCGCUGUGAUGAGUGUGACGAGCUCUUCCAGUGCAAACUAGACCUGCGUCGCCACAAGAAGUACGCGUGCGGCUCGACAGGGGCCACACUCUAUGAGGGCCUGGGGGAGGAGCUCAAGCCGGAUGGCCUUGGCAGUGGCGGCAGUGACGGGCAGGCUCACGAGUGCAAGGACUGCGAGCGGAUGUUCCCCAACAAGUACAGCUUGGAGCAACACAUGAUCGUCCACACGGAGGAGCGAGAGUACAAGUGUGACCAGUGCCCCAAGGCCUUCAACUGGAAGUCCAACCUCAUCCGUCAUCAGCUAUCCCACGACAGUGGCAAACGCUUCGAAUGUGAAAACUGUGUGAAGGUGUUCACGGACCCCAGCAACCUGCAGCGGCAUAUCCGCUCACAGCACGUCGGUGCCCGAGCCCAUGCCUGCCCUGACUGCGGCAAGACCUUCGCCACAUCCUCCGGCCUGAAGCAACACAAACACAUCCACAGCACGGUGAAGCCUUUCAUAUGUGAGGUCUGCCACAAGUCCUACACGCAGUUCUCCAACCUGUGCCGACACAAGCGGAUGCACGCCGACUGCCGCACGCAGAUCAAGUGCAAGGACUGUGGGCAGAUGUUUAGCACCACCUCCUCCCUCAACAAACACCGGCGCUUCUGCGAGGGCAAGAACCAUUACACGGCCGGGGGCGUCUUUGCCCCAGGCCUGCCCUUGACCCCCAGCCCCAUGAUGGACAAGACAAAACCCUCCCCCACCCUCAACCACAGGGGCCUGGGCUUCAGUGAGUACUUCCCCUCCAGGCCGCACCCUGGGAGCCUGCCCUUCUCUGCAGCUCCCCCGGCCUUCCCCACGCUCACUCCUGGCUUCCCGGGCAUCUUCCCUCCAUCCUUGUACCCCCGGCCACCUCUGCUACCUCCCACACCACUGCUCAAGAGCCCCCUGAACCACACCCAGGACGCCAAACUCCCCAGCCCCCUCGGGAACCCAGCCCUGCCCCUCAUCUCCGCGGUCAGCAACAGCAGCCAGGGCACCACAGUGGCCACGGGGCCCGAGGAGAAGUUUGAGAACUGCUUGGAGGUCACAUAUGCAGAAAAGGUCAAGACCAGGAGCCUCGACAUGUCUGAUGGCAGCGACCUUGAGGACAUCAACACCACGACAGGGACCGACCUGGACACCACCACAGGGACAGGCUCAGACCUGGACAGCGAUGUAGACAGUGAUCGAGACAAAGUCAAAGACAAGGGCAAGCAGGCCGAGGCCAAGCCUGAGUUUGGGAGCGGCUCGGCACCUCCAGGGGCGGUGAACAGCAUGGCCGAGGUGCCUGUCUUCUAUUCCCAACACUCAUUCUUCCCACCACCCGAGGAGCAGCUGCUGACCGCCUCAGGUGCCGCCGGGGACUCCAUCAAAGCCAUUGCCUCCAUCGCCGAGAAGUACUUUGGUCCAGGCUUCAUGGGCAUGCAAGAAAAAAAGCUGGGCUCGCUGCCCUACCACUCGGUGUUCCCCUUCCAGUUCUUGCCCAACUUCCCCCACUCCCUCUACCCCUUCACGGACCGAGCCCUCACCCACAGCCUGCUGGUCAAGGCCGAGCCAAAGUCACCCCGGGACGCCCUUAAGGUGGGCGGCCCCAGUGCUGAGUGCCCCUUCGACCUCACCACCAAACCAAAAGAGGCAAAGCCUGUCCUGCCUACACCCAAGGCGCCCUCGGUCCCCAAGGCACCCUCGGUCCCCACGUCUGGUGAGGAGCAGCCACUGGACCUAAGCAUAGGCAGCAGGGUCCGUGCCAGUCAAAAUGGAGGUGGCCGGGAACCCCGGAAGAACCACGUGUACGGCGAGCGGAAGCCAGGGAUUGGCGAGGGGCUGCCCAAGGUGUGCCCAGCACAGCUGCCCCAGCAGCCUUCCCUGCACUAUGCCAAGCCCUCACCCUUCUUCAUGGACCCCAUCUACAGCAGGGUAGAAAAGCGGAAAGUGGCAGACCCCAUGGGAGUGCUCAAGGAGAAGUACCUGCGGCCGUCCCCACUGCUCUUCCACCCCCAGGUGUCAGCCAUUGAAACCAUGACAGAGAAGCUGGAGAGCUUUGCAGCCAUGAAAGCCGACUCGGGCAGCUCCCUUCAGCCCCUGCCCCACCACCCCUUCAACUUCCGCUCCCCGCCCCCGACACUCUCAGACCCCAUCCUCAGGAAGGGCAAGGAGCGAUACACGUGCAGGUACUGUGGCAAGAUCUUCCCCAGAUCAGCAAAUCUUACCAGACACCUGAGGACACACACUGGGGAACAGCCGUACAGGUGCAAAUACUGUGAUCGGUCCUUCAGCAUCUCCUCCAACCUCCAGCGGCACGUGAGGAACAUCCACAACAAGGAGAAGCCCUUCAAGUGCCACCUGUGCAACCGCUGCUUUGGACAGCAGACCAACCUGGACAGACACCUGAAGAAGCACGAGCAUGAGGGCGCGCCAGUGAGCCAGCACACCGGGGUCCUCACAAACCACCUGGGCACCAGCGUCUCCUCCCCCACCUCUGAGUCAGACAACCACGCGCUUUUAGAUGAGAAAGAAGACUCUUAUUUCUCUGAAAUCAGAAACUUUAUUGCCAAUAGUGAGAUGAACCAGGCAUCAGCACGAACAGACAAACGGCCCGAGGUCCAGGACCUGGAUGGCAACCCUCAGUGUCCAGGCUCAGCCAGUGAGAAGCUAGAGGAUGUGGAGGAAGAGGAGGAAGAGGAGCUAGAGGACGAGGAUGAUGACAGCCUGGCAGGGAAGUCACAGGUUGACACUGUGUCCCCCACGCCUGAGCCCCAGGGUAUCUAUGAGGAUGAAGAGGACGAGGAACCACCUGCCUCCCUGGCCAUGGGCUUCGAUCACACCCGAAGGUGUGUUGAGGAGCGAGGAGGCGGUCUUUUAGCUUUGGAGCCUACGCCGACCUUUGGGAAGGGGCUGGACCUCCGCAGAGCAGCUGAGGAAGCAUUUGAAGUUAAAGAUGUGCUUAAUUCCGCCCUAGAUUCUGAGGCUUUAAAACAGACCCUGUACAGGCAGGCUAAAAACCAGGCGUAUGCAAUGAUGCUGUCCCUUUCCGAGGAUGGUCCUCUCCACGCCCCUUCUCAGAGCUCGCUGGACGCUUGGUUGAACAUCACAGGAGCUACAUCAGAGUCUGGAGUCUUUAACCCCAUCAAUCACCUCUGAGAGCCCAGGAGGCCCCAGGGCGAGUCCAAAGCCAGGGCACCAGCUGCGGGGGAUGGAGAAGAGGCCAGGGAGAAGCCCUUGCCACUUGCACUUGGCCAUUCCUCAGCGUCCUGCCCCACCCUCCAUGGUUCAGCGCUAACCUUUCCAAUGAAAACCCAGAACCUAGAAGUCUCUGAAGCAGUAGGUAAUCUUCACCAUCUCUAAGAACUUGUCUUGAGUACACUGUUCUACAUCCACCCAUAGCCAUCCAAGUGCCACUCACGGAGCUGCCGUGCAGAUCAACCCAGUGGGAAAGAGCGGAGCUCCAGCCAGGACUGAAGCUGGUGUACCACUUCCAGGCACCUGUGUGGCAUGGAGGAGGGGAAGAGAAAGAUGCGGUGUGUGCUAAGGAGAGAGA